UGUAAUUUGCACAUGACUACAUUGAACGAACGUAAACAGUCUGACGAUCUUCUAUCUGUAAGGUUAAUUUUGUGGUCCUGUAACUCUCGCUUUAUAUAUUAAUUUGAAUACAAGGUUUCUGAAUAUGAUGGCGCCAAUAUGAUAUUGUAGAAACAUUAUAUCCUCGGGAAAUUCAUUGGAAAUGCACGAUAAGGAAAGGUAUUAUCACGGAGAAUCCAGCGAACAGCAGCACAAGAUGACGGACGGGGCAAGCAACGAGAGUCUGUUGAGUGAAGAUUUGGUCGACGAUGAAGGGGAGGAUGAUGAUGAGUUUGAUGAUAAUGCAGAGGAGACAGAGAGGGAAGAUGAACUCGAAGAAACGAUGAGUAAAUGGACAAAUUACAUUCAUGGCUGGCAGGAUAGAUGGGUUGUGCUGAAGAAUGGAACAUUGUCAUACUUUAAGUCGAGACACGAGAUGCAAUCGGGAUGCAGAGGAUCGAUGAGUUUGGCAAGAGCCGUUAUUGAGGUCCAUGAGUUUGAUCAUCUGAGAUUCGAUGUGAGCAUCAACGACAGUGUAUGGUACCUUCGAGUGAAGUCCAGAGACUCUCGUCAGAGAUGGAUCGAGUGUCUAGAGUCUCAGAAGGCUAUGGCUGAAGCUGAGAGCACCAGUCUACAGAGACAUGGUUCUAUGGUCUCUCUACACUCAGGGGCUAGUCUUACAUCAUCCUCAUCGUUCAAGGUCAGUCAAACAUAA